AUGUACAGCAGGAAAAAACAAGGGUCUCGAGGCAUGACGUACCUGCGAGGCUCCGCGAGCUAUGUGUGGAGUACAGGGUGCAUACUCGGGCGAGGUGCCACAGCCACUGUAUACCAAGGGGUGAAUAAGAAAACAGGUGACUUGGUUGCCGUCAAAACCUUCAACAAAGUUUCUCUGGAUCGUCCUCUCAACGUCCAGAUGAGGGAGUUCGAUGUGCUGAAGAAAGUCAAUCAUGAGAACAUCGUCAAACUCAUCGCGAUCGAGGAGGAACUCGAGAGCGCUUCAAAGAUUCUUGUAAUGGAGCUCUGCACGGGCGGAUCGCUGUUCUCAAUUUUGGACGAUCCGAUGAACUCGUACGGUCUCGAAGAAGAUGAGUUUCUGUUAGUGUUGAAGGAUUUGACGGCCGGAAUGAAACAUCUGAGGGACAACAACAUUAUUCACCGGGACCUGAAGCCGGGGAACAUCAUGAAAUACGUCGCUGAGAACGGACGAUCGAUAUACAAGCUGACCGACUUCGGCGCGGCUCGGGAACUCGAAGACGACCAACAGUUUAUGUCGCUGUACGGAACAGAAGAAUAUCUGCACCCGGCGAUGUACGAACGAGCUGUUCUACGAAAGCACGGCGACCAACGCUUCAGCUCGAACGUGGACCUAUGGAGCAUAGGCGUCACGCUGUACCACGUAGCUACCGGAAACCUUCCGUUCAGACCCUACGGUGGACGACGAAAUCGGGAAGUGAUGCAUUAUAUCACGACAAAGAAGGACUCGGGCGUUAUUUCAGGAGUUCAACGCGACCACACGACAUCGUCGAUCGAGUGGUCGCGAGAUCUACCGAAGAGUUGUCUGCUGAGCUCGGGGUUGCGCAAAUCCCUCGUUCCCGUUCUGGCAGGUCUGAUGGAGUGCGACAGCGGUAAGAUGUGGUCGUUCGAACGCUUCUUCAACGAAACUACGAAGAUACUCGCCGCGAAACGCAUCCACGUCUUCCACGUGAACGACUGCAAGGAAUACAUUCUGUACAUACUGAACGCCGCCGGCAAAAGCACCGCAGGCAGUCUGGCCGACGUCACGGAACACGUGCUCCGACAGAGUGGUGUUCUCUCGAAGAACCAACUACUUUUCUUCGAGCAGCAGCCGUUAGAACAAUACGCCAACGAUAACGCUGUGGUGCCCGAGACGACCGUAAUAAAUCCGGUUUUUCUGUUCAACACCGAAAAUCGCGACGUGGGAAUCGGUCUCACGUCAACCCUCGAGUUCGGGUCCCACGGUCCGUUCAAAUAUCCAGAUUUCAACCCGGCCGUAGCUCUCGACGAAGAUGCGGCUACCGCCAAGAGUUGGUGUAGUGUUAGCCAUGCGAUCAAACGGCAAAUAGAACGGCUGUCGAGGAUCUACGCUCAUCUUACGCGAGCGCCGUUGCACCUCUGCUCACACCUCGAAGACGAGAUCGUCAAGCUCAAGAGGCAACUGACCAUCGCACAAAUCAACUGCCGAGCUCUAGAGAGACAGAUCUCGCUUCUGGCUCGUAGCGAGAAGCACGUGGGAGACUUGGCGGAUCUGGUGCCGGCUCCUUGCUUCAUCCUCGACAGGAUGCGUUCUAUACUCGCCGAGAGGCAGAAGAACAUUUAUUCGGUGUCCGGGAGCUUGGAGAGAGUUGGAUGUGAGGUCAAAUCUUUGGAAGCGAAUAUCCUCGACGGUAAGAAACUGCAGAGAAGUUGGAAACUCCGAACCGCUGAAAUUCCACCGCUGACCGGCUGCGAUCAAAUAGCAGCAACUUACGUGAACAAAAUUCGAGAAAACUGGCAGGCCCUUGCUCGCGAUAAAGUCGCAAAGACGCUCUCAUACCAUGAUGAGCAAUUCCACGUGUUGGAAAAGCAUAAGAUGGCGCAGAUCAGUGCUCGGCUCAUGGCGCUCCUCCAGGAACAGAGCGUCCUGUUCACCUCGAGACUUGCUCAAAAACUUCAAAGUUGGUACCGCGAAGCCGUGGUCCUUCACCGUCAAACUCAGCAAAUCGUUCUCGCCCUCGGCUCGUUUGGCGAUAUGUCUCAAUGGUGCUUGCAAGCCAGUGAGACCGAAGACGAUUUCGAUCAUCUGGUCGGGCAAUUCGUGGAUCUUUUGAAAACGCAAUCGUCUGCCGCCAGCCAUAAUAAUAACGACGGACGCUGUCAAAAUAAGGAUCGUUCAGCUACAAAUCCGCUUCUCAGCGAACUGAAGGAGUUGAAACGGCAACAGUUUGAGAUCCUCCAAAUAGUCGACGACUCGCAGGCCAUCAUGUUCCGCAUGAUGAACAUUCCCACCGGAAACACGGUUGAUGACAAAACCGCCCCUGCUGACCGAGCCAGCAAUCCAACGAAUCUAUGAACUGGAAACGGCUUCUACGCGUGAUUUACAGUUACCGAUAUCGAAACGUCUU